GUCAAUAAAGUCAAUGGCUUUUGGGUUCGAUGCUCGCUGAUCCGGUGAAUUCUUAUCUUCUUCGGUUGUUUUGUGGGGAUUCAGGAUUCGUUGUUCCUGUAAAAGUCGCGACCUUUGAGAGGAGGUUUUCACGAUGGCUAUGGUGACUCCAAUUCCAGCAAUGGGGGAAAGAGCUGGAUCCAUGAGAUUCCAUGGGAUCGGUAGCCCUGGAUCAAGGUCAUCAAGUAGGAGCGGGGCCACGGAGGAGCCUGUCUCGAGGCUGAUCGAUGAGAAAAUCUUCGUUGCUGUGGGCAAAGAGGUGGGCAAGAGCAAGUCUACACUCAUCUGGGCGUUGCAGAACACUGGAGGGAAGAAGAUUUGUCUUGUUCAUGUUCACCAACCUUCCCAAAUGAUUCCAGUUAUGGGUGCCAAGUUUCCAGUUAGUUCUGUGAAGGAGGAAGAGGUUAGAGUGUUCCGGGAAAAAGAAAGGGAGAAAGUACAUAUGAUUCUAGACGAGUAUCUUCGUAUCUGCCAGCAGAGAGGGGUGAGGGCAGAAAAGAUGUUUAUUGAAAUGGAAUCGGUGGAGAAUGGAAUUGUGGAGCUGAUCUCGGAGCUGGGAAUCAGGAAGCUUGUCAUGGGAGCAGCAGCAGAUAAACACCAUUCAAGGAGAAUGACAGAACUCAAGUCCAGGAAAGCCAUCUUCGUAUGCCGAGAAGCUCCUGCUCUUUGUCAAAUCAUGUUUACUUGCAAAGGAUACUUAAUCCAUACAAGGGAAGCUGCGGAUGAGAGUGAAUCAGAAUAUGCAUCUCCGCGUCCUUCCAUAAGUGGAAGCGAGAUACUUGAAGCUUUCUCUACACCGGAGUCUGAGCAUCUGCAUAGAACAGAUUCACUUCACCGUUUAGGAAGCGAUGCAAGUUCAACUGAACACAGUGAGAGGGUGUCUGAAGGGUCGUUAAGUACUGACGAGGAGGAGGAGGAGAGAGAACUUGACGGCAGUCAAGCAAGGAGAAGUGCAACAGUUGAACAGCGUUCUGGCCACUCACCUCCCUCCAAUUUUCCGGAUGGGGUGGAUGAUUCAUUUUACAACAAAAUAGGAAAAGCUACGGAAGAGGCUCAAAGCUCAAAACGAGAAGCCUUUGCAGAGAGUGUUAGGCGUCAGAAAGCUGAAAAAAAUGCACUUGAUGCAAUCAGAAAGGCUAAACAAUCAGAAAGUGCUUAUUCUGAGGAGUUGAAGCGGAGGAAAGAUACUGAGAUAGCAGUAGCGAAAAUAAAGGAGAGACUUGUAACGAUUAAAAAAGAACAGGAAGUAGUCAUGGAAGAACUUGAAAGAGCAAUGGCGCAGAAAGAGAUGCUUGAGAGCCAGAUAGCAGAAUCUGAUGGUACAAUGGACAAGCUAAACCAGAAGCUUGACAUAGCUGUGAAGUUGUUACAGAAGUUGAAGGAUGAAAGAGAGGAGCUUCAGAUGGAACGCGACAGAGCACUCAGAGAAGCUACGGAGUUAAGGACUCGCGCAGAGACCUCAACUUUACAGCCACCUCAGUACUUCACGCAUUUUUCUUUCUCAGAGAUUGAGGAAGCAACUAAUGGCUUUGAUUCGACCAUGAAGAUUGGUGAAGGAGGGUAUGGAAGCAUCUACGUAGGUUUACUGCGUCAUACUCGGGUGGCUAUUAAAAUGUUGAAUCCUAACAGUCCACAAGGCACAGUGGAAUAUCAACAUGAGAUUGAUGUGUUAAGCAACAUGAGGCAUCCAAACAUCAUCACGUUAAUUGGAGCUUGUCCAGAGGGAUGGAGUCUUGUCUAUGAGUAUCUUCCCGAUGGAAGCCUUGAAGACAGGCUUAGUUGCAAGGACAACUCUCCACCUUUAUCAUGGCAGAAUCGUGUACGCAUUGCCACUGAGAUAUGCGCAGCACUUGUCUUUCUUCAUUCCAAUAAAGCUCAUAGCGUAGUACACGGUGAUCUGAAGCCAGCGAGUAUUCUUCUCGAUGCCAAUCUCGUUAGCAAGUUAAGUGACUUUGGAACCUGCAAAAGUGCGUCAGCAACUGAUGUCACUGGCACAGCUGCUUACUUGGAUCCAGAAGCUUCCAGUAAUGGGGAGCUAACUCCGAUGUCAGAUGUUUACUCGUUUGGGAUUAUAUUACUACGCUUGUUGACUGGGAGACCUGCCUUAGAGAUAGUGAAUGAAGUGAAGGAUGCCCUCGAAUCUGGAACACUGAUCAACCUUUUGGACCCUUUAGCAGGUGACUGGCCCUUUGUUCAGGCUGAGCAGCUUGCUCGCUUGGCAUUGAGGUGCUGUGAGACUGCCAGUGAGAAUCGUCCGGACCUUGGGACUGAAGUGUGGAGGGUACUUGAACCUAUGAGAGCUUCAAGCGGAGGAUCUUCAUCUUUUCAUCUCGGCCGCAACGAGCAACGCAUAGCACCUCCAUACUUCAUCUGUCCCAUUUUCCAGGAAGUAAUGCAGGAUCCACACGUAGCUGCAGAUGGUUUCACAUAUGAGGCGGAGGCUAUAAGAGCGUGGCUGGACAGUGAACACGAUACUUCACCAAUGACCAAUGACAAGCUUUCACACACCGGCCUUAUUGCUAACCAUGCUCUUCGUUCUGCAAUUCAGGAGUGGCUUCAGCAUCAUUGCUGAAAACGAGAUCUUUCAAACUCUCAACCCCUGUAACCCCAAAGUAAUCUCUCUUGUAAAAUAGUUUUCAACUUUUGUGGGAAGCAACUGAGAGUGAGUAAGAUUAGUUUUUUUUUCUCUCUCUUCAUACGCAUUACAUACGAUCUCUCCAUGGAUUAGCAUAUAUUGUAUACUUUGUCAAACAUAGUGUAAACAUAUUCCAUACUUGUCAGAUAUGAAAAGAAGAAGCUGGUGAGAUUUGUAUGUUAAGUAUA